AUGACUGCUGUACCAAAUGUGUGAUUGAAAAAAAAUUCGCGCCGAAGGACGCUAUCGUAACCUAGAAAACGAGAAAUUCGAGCGUUCUUUGCAUAAUAUACGACUCUGAGAGCCCAGCGGCGAUUUUUAUGUAAUAUGCUGUAAUAAACUGUUAUGCAACUCAUUUUGGCCUCAUAUUUUGGCGGGUUGCGAUAGUCUGCAGUCCGCCAUGGCACUGCGCGCGCUUUCGUUUUGACAGUUAGUGAUUUUUUUUUCUGUGAGUGCCAGUGUUAGAAGUGACAGUGGUAAAUUUUGCGGAGGAUUUAGUCAGAAAUGACAUCACUACAGUAGAACGAAAAACCAAAAUGGCGUCGACAAUGGUGAACGGGAUUGCGCGGAAAAAUUUCAAAAACCAAAAUGGAACGUGCAACGCGCUGCCCUCUGUCGAUAGAAAAGUUAUCGAUAGUUUCUGCGUCGAAUGUUCGAGAGAAAUUGUCGAUCAGAAUAUGAAUGAAACGAGGCAAUUGUCUGAAAUCCAGAAAUUUUAUAAUGGCGGCAAUGUGCUCAUCACUGGCGCGACAGGUUUCCUGGGCAAGAUCCUGGUAGAAAAGUUACUCCGCAGUUGUCCCGGGGUGGAAAAUUUGUACCUUCUAGUGCGACAGAAGAGGGGAAAAGACAUUUACACGAGGAUCGAAGAAAUAUUUGAUGAUCCGAUGUUCGAUCGGCUAAAGAAGGAGGUACCAAAGUUUAGGCACAAGAUUGUUGUCAUUCCUGCUGACUGCGAGUGUCCUGGAUUAGGUCUUAAUAUAAAGGACAGACAGACAUUAAUUGAAAAGGUAAACAUAAUAUUUCAUUCAGCUGCGACAGUUAAAUUCGACGAGCAUUUGCGAGCGGCGUUAGCUACGAAUGUACAGGCGUCGUUAUAUCUCUUGCAAUUGGCGAGGGAAAUGAGGGAUUUAAAGGUUUUCAUGCACAUAUCGACAGCGUACUCAAAUUCGCAUUUAUCGAGCAUAGAGGAGAAGUUCUAUCCUUUAGACGCGGACUGUAGCAGGAUACAACAGACCAUAGACAAACUUACCGAUGCUCAGAUUAAUGAGAUUCUACCUGAGAUAUUAGGCGAAUGGCCAAACACAUACACAUUUACUAAAGCGCUAACUGAAAAGGAACUGCGGAAUUCCUGUAAUGGAGUGCCUUUGGGUAUUUUUAGACCUGCUAUUGUAAUAUCAACAGCAAAUGAGCCAUUAAAAUGUUGGUUGGACAACAUGUAUGGACCGACUGGAGUCGCGGUUGGAAGUAUGACAGGCAUGCUCCGUACAAUCCAAUGCGAUAAGGACGUAACCGCCGAUCUAGUUCCCGUCGACUCAGUGGUUAAUUGCUUGAUAGCAGCUUCGGUGAACGUUUGUAAGGAGUAUCGGAGUCGAUCACCACCGUCAGAACCGCCAAUUUUCAACUACGUCAGUUCUGUUGAAAAUAAAAUCACUUGGGGAGAAUUCAUGAGACAAAAUAUGGCGAGAAUCGAUAGACAUCCCUUGUCUAAUGCUGUGUGGUACAUAUCACUAACUUUGAACAAGUCAGCUCUUAUGAACCAAAUAUACAUAUUUUUCCUGCAUUUGAUUCCUGCGGUUUUGGUUGAUGGCCUCGCGUCUUGUGUUGGAAGGAAACCUCAAAUGCUAAAAGUAUACCGCAAGAUACACAAAUUCUCAUCCGUAAUCUGCUAUUUCUCUACAAAAGAAAUUACAUUUUGCAACCAACGGACAAGACGAUUGUGGGAAAAUACAUCUGAUUUAGAUAAACAGAUAUUUCCAUUCAGCAUGAAACACAUGGACUGGGAGUUAUAUUUUGACAAUUACCUCGCCGGCAUUAGACGGUAUUUGUUCAAGGAAUCUGAUGAUACUCUGCCACAGGCUAGGAUUAAGUGGAAAAGACUGUACUAUCUCCACCAGAUAGUUAGGCUCUUUUUCUACGUGUUCAUUAUAUAUUGUCUAUGGUCGAUGUUAUCAAGGUUAUUUUAGUUUUAAAAUAACGUGAUAAAUAUUAAAUAUAUACUAAAAGACAGCGCCGGUUUAAACCCUAGGAAACUUUAUUUUCGAUAUGUAUAAAAAUGAUUUUUUUCUAAAUGUAUUGAAAUUAUUCAGAACUGUCAACAUAUGAAGGCAGAAUUUUUUUAGUAUGGUUAAAAGUUGGUAAUUAUUAUCUAUAACAUUGUAUUCAAAUAUGAAAUAAAGAUAACCUAUUUUACGCACAAUACGCACAAAAAUCGAGCCGUUACCACUUUGAAAAAAAAAACAACAAUAUAAAUAAAAUAAAUUGUUAAAUUUUGUUUUCGUUAUAGCAAUGGCGGUUAAUAUAAUGCCGG